CAGCUCCAUGUUUGUCGAUCUGGCUCUUUGACAACUGGGAGUCCUACACUGAGCCAUGGCGGUUUCCCCAAAGAGAAGCUGACUUCUUUUCGUGACAGACUAGAGGCUGCCUCUUGUCUUGGCAUGCUGUUGCGUCCCACAGUGUCAGGAUUGUGCGCCAUGUUGCAGACCAUCUAUGAGACUGAGUCCUGCUUUUCCUCCUCUAGCACCGACAGCCACCAUCAGCCUCUGGAGCUCCUGAAUGGCAACGGGGGCUCCAGCGCUGCCAUGCCCACCACCGUAGUGGAGGUGAAGAGCAGCCUCCCGUCGGGGAUGCAGAGCCCGGUGGGAACAGCCAACGAGCACAGAGGAGGAGGUGGAGAGGCUGGUGGGGGUCCAGGGGAAGGCCCAGGAGGAGUAGGAGGUGGAGGAGGAGGCCCGAUGGACCUGCGGACGGAGCCCAGGGUGGGCUCCCUGUCCGGGGGUGCAGCGGCGGUGGACACGACCUUGAGAGAGCAGCAGCUCCAGCAGGAACUGGUGAUUCUCAAACAGCAGCAGGAGCUCCAGAAACAGCUGCUGUUUGCAGAGUUCCAAAAAAAACACGAAGUGCUAACAAGACAACACGAGGUCCAGCUGCAGGAGCACCUGAAGCAACAGCAGGAGCUGCUGGCAGCGAAGCGGCAGCAGGAGAUGGAACAGAAGAGGAAACUGGAGCUACAGCGACAUGAAGAACAGGAGAAACAGAGACUAGAGCAACAACUGCUGCUGCUGAGGCACAAGGAGAAAGGAAAAGAGAGUGCCAUUGCCAGCACGGAAGUGAAGCUGAAGCUCCAGGAGUUCCUGCUCAGUAAGAAAGAGCCUGGUCCCGGUGGACUGAACCAUUCCUUCUCCCCAAAAUGCUGGGGACACACCUCCCUGGAGCAGGGCUCUCCUCCGCAGAGUAACACCCCAGGAACUCCUCCCUCCUACAAACUGCCUCCAAUGCUUGGGAACUACGAGGGCAAAGAUGAUUUCCCGCUUCGCAAGACGGUCUCGGAGCCCAACCUGAAGGUGCGUUCACGGUUGAAGCAGAAGGUGGCGGAGAGGCGGAGCUCUCCACUUCUCCGCAGGAAGGAUGGAACGGUCAUCAGCACCUUUAAGAAGAGAGCCAUAGAGAUAUCAGUGUCCUCCCUCUGUAACAGCGCUCCAGGUUCUGGUCCCAGCAGUCCCAACAGUUCCAACUCAGCUAUCGCCAACGGGAACACGGGAUCAGUGCCCAACAUACAGACGGAGCUGAGGUCUCUCCAUCAGACGCUGGGGGCCGAUGGGACACUGAGUCCGCUGAGUCUCUACACUUCGCCCUCGCUGCCAAAUAUUUCCCUGGGGCUCCCUACAAACACACACAUCACGGCCCCCCAGAAGCUGACUGCCCAGCAGGAGGCGGAGCUACAAGCCAUCCAAUCCCUGCGAGGAGGCGGAGCUCUCACGGGGCAGUUUCUGUCCACGUCCUCCCUACCUGCAGGGGUCAUACACGACGUGGAGACUCCGCCCACCAGCUCUCACUUGGCCCAUUCCUCAUUACUGCAACAUGUUCUGCUGCUGGAGCAGGCCCGACAACAGACUGCUAUGCUAGCUGUCCCCAUGUACAGCCAGUCGCCGCUGGUCACGGCAGAGAGGGGCGUGUCAGGUGGGAUGCGCACGGUCAACAAGCUGCCUCGCCAUCGCCCGCUGGCUCGUACCCAGAGUGCACCUCUGCCCCAGUCCCCCCAGGCCCUGCAGCAGCUGGUGGUUCAGCAGCAGCACCAGCACUUCCUGGAGAAACACUACAAGAUGCUUUCCAAGGGGGCUGAACUUCCCAGGCCACCCCCCACCCACCCAGAGGAGACGGAGGAGGAGCUAACAGAGACCAACGACAUGCAGGAGGAUGACGGAGGGAUGGGACCUCACAGGCUUCAGAAGGAGGGGUCAGACGACAGCACGCCCUCCUCUGAGAGACUCAGCGUGCACCUGAAGCUGGAGGAGGAGCAUGGGGGCAUGCAGGUGAAGGGGGAGAGUACAGAGAGUGAGCUGGAUGAAGAGGAGGAGGAUGAAGAUGUCAUCCAGCUGGAGGAGGCUGACGAGGAGGACCGGGGGAUGUACACGCAGGCCUUGCAGCAGAUGGGCGUGUUCCAGUUGCCCCACAGACCUCUGGGACGAGCGCAGUCGUCCCCCGCAGCCACCGUCCAUCUCAUCAAACACCUCUUCACCACUGGCCUUGUGUACGACAGUCUGAUGUUGAAGCAUCAGUGUGUGUGUGGCAAUGCUCACAUCCACCCAGAGCAUGCUGGGAGAGUUCAGAGCAUCUGGUCCAGACUGCAGGAGACAGGCCUGCUGAACCGCUGCGAGAGGAUUCGUGGGCGUAAAGCGUCUCUGGAUGAGAUCCAGUCCGUCCAUUCAGAGUUCCACACUCUGCUCUAUGGAACCAGUCCGCUCAAUCGACACAAACUGGACCACAAGAAACUGCUGGGUCCAAUCAGCCAGAAGAUGUACGCUGUUCUUCCCUGUGGAGGCAUCGGGGUGGACAGCGACACGGUGUGGAACGAGAUGCACUCGUCGGCGGCGGUGCGCAUGGCGGUGGGCUCGGUCAUCGAGCUGGCCUUCAGAGUGGCGGCCGGCGAGCUGAAGAACGGCUUCGCAGUGGUGCGACCGCCAGGCCACCACGCCGAGGAAUCCACCGCCAUGGGCUUUUGUUUCUUUAAUUCUGUCGCAAUCACCGCCAAGCUGCUGCAACAGAAACUAGGAGUGGGCAAGAUCCUUAUUGUGGACUGGGACAUUCACCACGGUAAUGGCACACAGCAGGCCUUCUACAGCGACCCCAGCGUCCUCUACAUCUCCCUCCAUCGGUACGACAACGGAAACUUCUUCCCUGGCAGUGGAGCUCCUGAAGAGGUGGGAUCAGGUGCAGGUGUUGGUUUUAAUGUCAACAUAGCAUGGACUGGAGGAGUGGAGCCCCCUAUGGGUGAUGUGGAGUACCUGACUGCCUUCAGGACUGUGGUGAUGCCCAUCGCCCAGCAGUUCAGCCCAGAUGUGGUCCUGGUGUCUGCCGGCUUCGAUGCAGUGGAGGGUCACCAGUCUCCUCUGGGGGGCUACAACGUUUCCGCCAAGUGUUUCGGUCAGCUCACGCAGAUGCUGAUGGGUCUGGCGGGGGGGCGGGUUGUCAUGGCGCUGGAGGGUGGUCAUGACCUCACCGCCAUCUGUGACGCAUCGGAGUCGUGUGUGUCUGCGCUGGUGGGAGACGCGUGUGACUCUGAGUGUCAGUGGCCUCAGGAGACGCCGUGUCCAAAAGCCUGUGCCUCUCUGGAGCGGGUGAUCGAGAUCCAGAACAAACACUGGCCUUGUCUUCAGAGUUUGUCUCAGACCAGUGGCCACUCGCUACUGGACGGCCCACUUGGGGCUCAGGGCCAAUCAGAGAAGGACGAGGCAGAAACGGUCAGCGCCAUGGCGUCGCUCAGUGUGGACGUGGAGCAGCCCGGCUCCGGUCCUGGGAACUCAGAAACCAGCAGGUCCACAGAGGAGCCAAUGGAAGAAGAGCCUGUGUUGUAGGAGGAGCUUAAAGCGGAAGCGCACAAAAACUCGACAUUCACCUCCUUCUAGCACCUCCUCUUCCUCUUCCUUUUCUUCUUCCUCCUUGGAGUUUGUGUCGGCACACACACACACAGUGGAAAUGUGCUGUUGAGGAGGAGUCCGAUAGACUGAGGAGAACAUUACGGAGACGGGGGGGGGGGGGGGGUUUCAUCAGCUCCAGGAGGAGCAGACGAUUUGUUAGCAUCUCCGAUGGAAGCCCGAGGAGGGGAGUGGCAGCAGGACCUGCACACAGCACCACCAAACCCCUCCCCUCCACCCUCCACCCAUCCUUCUGUCUUCAGAGGGACGAGGACUGUGGGAAACCGUAGUUUGAAUCCCAACAGGACUCCAGGCAGACGACUUGUCUUCUUGUGAGUCUGACGCUGCACCAGAGAGACGGACUGAGGGGACGCGGGUGGAGGAGGAGGAGGAGGGACUAGGUGCCUUGUUUUCCACAAACCAUCCAGAAACCACAAACCGCACCACCACCGCAGCACCUCAGCAAACCAACCAGCCAAUCCAGACUCACACACACAAACACACACACACACUGCUGUUGUUUCACGCAGUUCAUUUUCAAUCUGUCCAGUUGUGAGUCUUUGUUUCUUCAUCUUGAUGCCUUAAUUUGUUCUUGUGUCACUAUUUAACAACCGGGACGGAGAGAGAGAGAAACCAGAUGAUUCAGAGAUGAGUCCAAGCUGCUAAGAUAAUGUUCACGUCCGAUGUUCCAUCAGACUUUGAUUUGUGUCUGAGGGGGAGGAGCCUCUGAAGCCAUCGUUACACUAGAAACAUCCACUCAAGAUCUUCAUUGAAUAUUAAUAUUUAUAUAAACCAUAAUAUUCAAUCAGACUUGGAUGGAAUCUGGUGAAAGUGUCUCAGGAUCAGCUCAGUUUUAGCAGUAUUCAGUGUUUUAGUCACAUCACGUUAACUUCAGCCGUGUCUCUAGCCCCCCCCCCCCCCCCCCCCCACCUGAAAUUGUAAAAUGAUCGUUUAAUGUAAAUACCGUUCUGUCCUGUUGCGUCUCAGCAGACUCAGUGUGGUCACUUUUCUAAAACUGUACAUACAAACGUGUAUAAAAAAUACUUUUUUGUAUAAAAAAGCAAAAUUAAUAUUAAACACAAUAUACAUACACUAUUAUAUACAUAUAUAUGUAUGUAUAUACAAACACAUGCACAUGCACAUAUAUAUUUAUGUAAACAGUGUUUUAUCCAAUCAGAUUGGAUCUAUGAAUAUAUUCUAUUUGGCGAUUUGAUGUUUUAGCUGUUUGACAGGAACUAAGCACUGAAGUCUUCGGGUUGGCACCUGUGUGUGUCUCUUUGUGUGUUUUACAGACGCUGGCUGUUGUUGAGGUGGUAGAUGUUGAUGUUGAUGUUGAUGUUGGUGAACAGCGACGGUCAGUUCCUCAGGCAGGUCCAGGACCAGGCAGGCAGCAGGCAGGGUGAUGAGGUCAGAGGUCAUGAUUGGGUAAAGAGGUCCAGUAACAGGGAGAGAGCUGCGGAAUGAGGCGUGACCUUCGACCUCCUGGACCGAGGGUCUGAACUGAGAUAUCACUGAGCAACAUGUGUUCAACAUGUGAAUCCAUUGAUCUUCUUAAUCGACACUAAAAGACUAAUAACACUAUUAAGCUUGUUUACUUAUUGCAUUUCCUCGACCUGAAUAAUUUGGAACUGCUGAAAUCCCUGUGUUUAGUAGAGCUGGUGUAAUUACUGCUACUGCCACAAGGGGGAGACAUGUUCUGCACUGCAGCUUUAAAGAGGAGAACCGUCUGAUUAUGUUUUGUCUGAAGGACAUAAAUUAAUUUAGUGUAUUUUCAAUUUCCACACGUGGAAAAAGCAAAAAUGCCAAAAAGAAAAGACAUUUAAAAAGUUCAAAUGUCAUUAGUUUCCGGUUUGUGUCGGGCGGCGGUUUAAUUAAUUUAGGUGUGCCUUCUUCCACAAUGUUUUACUUGCACAUAUCCCUAAAUAUUUAUUUUUAUUUUUAAUAUAAAACAGUGAUGGAUAAAAAGUUAAAUACUCCUGUUGAUUUUUGUAUCUUCUUGUGACCCCUCAAGCUUUUAAAAUGAUAAUUGAUGGAUAAUUUCAAAAUUUAUAAACACAACUGUUAAAUUAAUUGGAAAAGUUGGUAAAAUUAUGUUAUUAUACUCACACCACUGAAAAACAACACAACGCACUACACAAGUUUAUAACACACUGAGAGCAUCAAGACGCACAGUGUGAUCAUCACGUCUGUUUCAUGUGGUGACUGGUGACGUGUGUUUCCUGUCGUCGCACAACUACUUCUGUCAAAGAGCAACACAAUAGAUGUCCUGAGUGCGACAAACACAAGAGGUGAACUGUUACUGUUCAGAUUUGGUGGCUGCUGGAGGACACACACACACACAGACACACACAGUUUGUGGAAAGAGGUUGUAUCACAGGCACUGAACAUUUAAAGCAACACAAUGUGAGUGGUGUUGACAGUGUGAUGGUUUGUGUUGUCGGUCACUUCCCCAGUCCAGAGGCUGCACAGCUUUACUGUCGCACACACACAUACACACAGACUCACUUUUUGCUACACGAGUUCCUACUGUACAUUUCUUGAUAUGUUUGAUACUGUGGUGUACAUGUAGUGUGUCCUGCUGUGAUUGGUUGAGGGGUCGGAGCUGUCCCCUCGUCUGUUUGUCCUCCCUCUGUCCCUGAGGGGAGACUCUCUCUCUCUCUCUCUCGCCCCCCCCCCCCCCCCCUCGUGACAGACUGACAGUUUGAAUCAGUUCCUGUUGGAGCUGAUCACAAGCACAUUCCUGACUCUUCUUCGUCUGUGCUGUUGAAUCCAGAUCCUUUCCUGUUGCGACGAUGCGUGUUUAAUUCUUUCUGACUCACAUGUAUAUAAAAGUGCAUAUAUACGUGUACACAUGUGCAAUACACGCUAUUCGAGCAAUCUAUUACUGUGACUAUUAUUGAUGAUUAUAUUUGUCCCCUUCUCGAGCUUUCAGCCCUCUUCCCCUCGUCCUCGGUGUUGCAGGAGCUUGAAAAGGGAAAGUGACUCUCGUGACUCUUCGGUUUCAUUUCCGGGUUGUGGACGUUUUGACGAAGCCCUUUUUUAUUAGUCUCACUGUAAUGUUGUGACGUUGAUCCUGAUUCUGUUCCUUUGUUUUUUUUUAAAGUGGGCCUGUUGUUGAACUUGUCUGGAAACUCAAUAAAGCAAUUCACUGACUU